AUGGUGAAAGAUGGAGAGAUGUUGAGGCCUAGCAAGAGACCUCGUCUUCCUGAUCUCAAUGAUGAUGAAGCAACGGGUCCUUCUCUUAGCCUGGCUUUGAAUAGCGAGGUUAAUCACCCAACAAAUGAUGAACAAACAUGCAAUGCUACUGCUGUAAUGGUGGAAGAUGGAGAGAUGAUCAACUUAAUAUGUAAUAACUCAAAUGUCCUUGCAAAUGCCAACACUGACAUCAGGGAACUAUCUGAAGCUUUGCCAGCAGGACAAGAUGCAGACACCCCUCCAAGAGGCUGGAACUCAUAUGACUCCUUUUCUUGGAUCAUAUCAGAAGAAGACUUCCUAAGAAAUGCAGAAAUCAUCUCUCACAGUCUACUUGCUCAUGGAUAUAAGUAUGUUGUGGUUGAUUUCCUCUGGUAUAGAAGGAAUGUAGAUGGUUCUUCAGUAGAUUCAGCUGGAUAUGAUGUGAUAGAUGAAUGGGGGAGAGUGAUCCCUGAUCCAGACAGAUGGCCUUCUUCUAAGGGUGGUAAAGGGUUUUCUGAAGUAGCCAAGAAAGUUCAUGCCAUGGGUUUGAAGUUUGGGAUUCAUGUCAUGAGGGGAAUAAGUACACAGGCAGUCAAUGCAAAUACACCAAUCUUGGACGUCACAAAGGGAGGUCCUUACGAGGAGUCUGGUAAACAAUUUAAUGCUCAUGAUAUAGGACGUGGAGACAGGGCUUGUUCUUGGAUGUCACAGUGUUUCACGCUUGUAGAUACCAAUUCAGGAGCUGGAAAAGCCUUUUUGAGGUCAUUAUAUCACCAGUAUGCGGCAUGGGGCGUGGAUUUUGUAAAGCAUGACUGCAUUUUUGGUGAUGACUUGGAUGUAGAUGAGAUAAGAACUGUGUCAGAGAUCUUGAGGGAGCUUGACCGCCCCAUCGUGUAUUCCAUCUCUCCCGGAACCCAUGCAACACCUGCCAUGGCCAAGAAUGUAAAUAAUUUCGUGAAUAUGUAUAGGAUAACUGCAGAUGAUUGGGAUAAGUGGGAAGACGUAGCGGGACAUUUCAGUGUAUCAAGGUGCCAAAGAAGGGCCACAUAGACCAUCCAAUCUCAAUUUAGAUGAGCAAAGAACUCAGAUGACUCUAUGGUCUAUGGCCAAAUCACCUCUCAAGUUUGGGGGUGAUGCAAGGGAAAUUGAUAUGAACACAUACAAUCUCAUCACAAAGCCUAUAUUAUUGGAAAAAAAUUUUUUUAGCACAAACAAUAUGAAGUUUCCUUACAUCUCUGGCUCAAAAGUUCAAAGUGGAAAAAGGUUCACGCCAAACAAUCUAAAAGCCUGAAGGAUGAGACCAUAUUGGAUCAGAAUUCGAGUGCCUUGAUAGUAGCAAAUUACUUCAAUUGGUCAUAGGUGUACGAUGAUGGUGUAGUGACAUUAAAUUAUUGACCCAACCAGCAAGAAACAGACAUCGAAGAUGAAGUCUCUGGAGACAUUUCUUCUAGACAGCUGUUGAUUCUGGAGUGAGGGAUCAUUGGGUCAGAUAAUGCAAUUGCUUUGUGGCCAUGAAAAAUUGUUUGAGGAUUGUUUCUGCUACUGUUUCAGCAUGGACAUUGUGUGAUGAGGCCUCGUUCUCUUCCACCUAGCUAGUCCUUCUCUUAUGUUGCCCGAGUUCAACUUUUUCACUCACAAUGGUUAUGGGGGUUUUAUUUUCUGGCGAUAUGUCCAUGCCAAGCACAAGCAGCUUAGUCAAUGAGUGGCAAAUGCUAUUUCGAUCAUGAAGACCACGCCAUCCAAUUAGUAGGAGGUUGCAGAA